GGAUAAGAUAACAUUUUGAUAAUUUGGAAAUAAAGACGGAAGUAAACAUGUGCAGUUGUAUGUAAUAAAUAGCAAAGCAGAAGAUAUAAUGUGUGUUUCAUUUGUGAAAGUUUGUAAAUAAAAAUUUUAGUUAAAGUUAAAUGAAUGACAUUGUCCAUUGCCACCACACAUAUUACUGAGCGACUAAUCAAGUUAAUUGCAACUUGCCCAAAGAUAGAUAAAAAUAGAAACAAGGAUCGAAAUGUUUUUAAGUGACCGACUAUUGACAAGGGGUCGACUCCCGAUAAGCUCCUUUCUAUGUUUCAUUGGGGGAUUUAGCAUGGGUUCGUGGCUUACUCUAUUUCAUCAACUUCAGUUGGAACGUGACCUGGACCAAGAAGACUUCUCUGCUCACACCCACCAACCUCUCCUCCUCCUCGCCAUCCUUAUCAUCUCUGCACCAAACAACUUUGAUCGUCGCAACACUCUCAGAUCAACCUGGCUCAAACUAAACCCAGACUACACAAAAGUCAAGCAUUUCUUCGUGGUGGGGAACGAAGGUCUUAAUCCAGAUGUACAGCAAAAACUUAAAAGAGAACAAACAGUGGCUGGCGACUUACUCAUCCUGCCUGACCUCGUCGACUCAUAUGACAAUCUGACAUUGAAAUUGAGUCAAGGGCUGUCCCACCUGAGUAUAGCCUACCCGUUUAAAUAUGUGCUCAAAUGUGAUGACGACUCGUUUGCGCGAGUAGACGUUAUCACAACUCAAUUAUUGGCCAGAAAAAAGGACGUUGGAGCUGGUCAAGAGGCAGAUACGUGUUUGUACUGGGGCUUUUUUGACGGAAGAGCACGAGUCCAGAAGAAGGGGAAAUGGAAGGAGGACGACUAUGAGCUUUGUGACCUCUAUAUACCCUACGCCCUAGGAGGGGGCUAUAUUCUGAGCAAGAAAUGUACCGACUUUAUAGUAAAGAAUCAAGCUAUGCUGAGGCCAUUUCGAAAUGAAGACGUUUCAGUGGGAACGUGGCUAGCGCCCAUCAUUAAUGAGAAAAAACAUGAUGUUCAAUUCGACACAGAGUUUGAGUCUCGAGGAUGCAACAAUGCGCACAUUGUUCAGCACAAGAUAAGUCAAGUUGAAAUGGUGGGACGCUACAAACAACUAAUUUCUAGUGGAACCCUUUGCACAAAUGAAACUCGUCGUCGUCCGUUUUAUCAGUAUGAUUGGAAUCUGCCACCAUCUAAAUGUUGUCAGCGGGACCCCUUAAAUUCUGCCUAAGACUGUGCACAUGCAAUUAUCUCGACUUAUUCCUCAUGUCAAGUCCGCCAAUUUAAGGUUAAUAUAUAUGGCACCCCGAGAGAAAUAGGGUCUAGCCCACCUCAAUUUCGAUAAAGAUAUUCAGCCAAAUGGAAAUGGUAUCUGUAAAAUUAGAUACAUAUCAUGCGACCAACACCUGGCAUUCCAAAGACCCUGGACAUUUCUCUUGAUGCAAAAUUCUCAUCAUUUACCUUUGAAUAUUAUGAUUGCAUUGUGUGGAUAAUGGUUGUUUUGACUAAUAGUCAGUUAAUGACUCUACUCUUCCAACAAAAAACUAUACACAAUCACAUUUCCAAGAACUUCUUCGCCUCACAAUUUAUAUCCUGGCGAGUACGGCUUCCAAUCAAAGUAUAUCAACUUAGCUACCUACCUACCUACGAUUUUUACCUAGUCAAACUCGAUCGCACUUUUAUGCACAACCAAAUGUAAACAUCUACAUAAUGGGAUUUUUGUUAUGUUUCAUUUCAUAAACUAAGUUAGUCACAUGACAAAAUGAAUGCGAUGUAAGAAACGCAAUAUAAAGAUGAUAAUGUAUGUACGUAGAUUAAUUUAUAAUAGUAAUAAAUAUAGCUUACUUACCCUCUUCCAUUGUGACGGCGAAAGGAUGACGUCGACGUGCUCUCUAAUAUUCCUAGAUUUGCGAUUUGCCACUCUGCCUCGCCAACAUCAAAUUAUCAUCGGUACUGACAGUUCCGCUUAAUUAGUAUUAUUGUGGAAAAUGACAAUUAAAAAUGAAUGUCUUAUCAACAGCAAUAAAGGAAAUUAUUUGCAAAAAAGUA